CAGAGGAAGAGAAAGAAAGGAAACGGAUUGAGGAAGAAAUUAGGAAAGAAGAAAUGGAAUUAGAAAUGGAAGAAAGGAGAAAAAUGAACAGAAAAAGAAAGAUGAAAUGAAGAAGAAAGAAGAGAUGGAGGCACAGAAAAAGAAAGAAGAAAUGAGAAAGAUUGAGGAAAAAAGACAGCACAAGGAAAAGGAAGCACAGAAGGAGGAAGAAAUGAGAAAUAGGGAGAUAGAAGAACAACGGAAAAAAGAGGAGGAAAUGAAGAAGAUAGAAGAGGAGAAAGAGAAAGCAAGAAAGAAAGAGGAGGAAAUGAAGAAGAUAGAAGCAGAGAAACAAAGAAAGAAUGAGGAGGAGAGGAAGAUACGAGAAGAGGAGAAAGAAAGAAAGAAAGAGGAGGAAAUGAAGAAGAAAGAAGAGGAGAAAAAGGCUGAACAAAGAAGGAAUGGAAAAAAGAAAGAACAAGAGAAGAAAAAUGAAGAAGAAAUUAAUAAAACAGAAAAGAAACGAUUGGAUGAUAGACAAAGAGAGAACAAAAAGAAACUAAAUAAAUUUGAAAUGAGAAGAAAUUGCUAACAAAAAAGAAUUAGACUGAAUGUAUCUGGAAAGAUCUACGAAACGACAACCACUACACUGAAGGCAUCUGCAGGCGUUUUAAGUGACCUAGCAGAUCUUGACACGGAAGAAAUAUUUUUGGACAGAGAUUUCAAAUUUUUCACAUUAUUCUAAAUUAUUUAAGAAGUGAAGCCAACAAGGACAGUUUCCCGUUAAACAUUCUUCCCAGCAGUAGAAGUGAAUUGAAAGAGUUGCUGUUUGAAACAAAAUUUUAUGCCCUUCCUAUUUUGGAAAAGCUAGUGAAAGAAAAGAAAGAUAAAGGUUACUGUAUUAGUUAAUGAAAAAGAAUUACAGAAUUUGAAAUAUAAUAGAAAUGAAGAAAAAAUGCAACAUUUGAAAUAUAAUGAAAAGGAAGAAGAAAUUUAACAUUUGAAAUGUAAUGAAAAUGAAGAAGAAAUACAGUGAAAAGGAUUCCAGAAACCACUAUCAGAAGUCAGACAGAUGUAUAUUGUAUUAACUAAGAAGACUGUAUUAGAUUAGAUAAAACUUAGGAAAAUAUGUAAUUUCAAAUUUGUUUACUUUACCAUUACGUCACCCUUGAC